AUGUAUGCUCACAGCUUGGAAGUGAAACACAAUCCAUGGCUGAUGUUUAUCCAAUCAUCGGGGAGUGUCUUCCUCGAAGGAGGAGUUGGAGCUUUGGCGCAGCAUCUGGAGACCGCUUCCAGCCUCAAGCUGGAAGAAUAUUUCGGCUACAAUGUCGUCAGCAAUUCUUCGACCAUUAUUGACGGCAGCAGCAGCAUCAGCAGCAUCAGCAGCACUACAACAUUCAAGCCGAGGACCGUUCUGUUGGCAGCUAAAUCAGCCGGCGGAGAGGGGAGUGACGUAGAUGCCAACAACAUACAGGAUCUACUCAAUGAUACCGAUUCUGAACUUUCCUCCCUAUCGCAUGUUGAUGCUCCCAACGAUGUCCUGUAUAUGGUGUGUGGAGUUGUCAUUGCCAUGCUCCUCGUGGGCCUCAUCAUAGUUUUAGUAGCAGUCACAAUCAGCAAGCUGAGAAAGCGCGAAGAAUCGUCCGUGAGCCCGGUGUCCACCAAUGUGGAGGCCCAGCACAAUAGCAGUAGUAAUCAUCACAACAGCCAUCAGCAGCACUACCAUCAUACUAGCAGUAAUAACAACCACAGCAGCAACAACAACAGCAGUGGCCAGCAACAUCAUCACCAAAAUCAGCAGCAGUAUCUGGCCGAGAACGGUUACUCGAUACCGCCUCCGGUGGCGUUCCGACAGAGCCCAUCCAGUGUGUGGGUGUUUCCACCUCUGCCACCGCAACCUAACCUGUACCACAUCAACGCCAAUAGUCAAGACGCGUUAGUGCACAACGAGAAAACCGGCCUGAAAGGACUAAAGCGGCAGCUAUCAGGUCGCUUCAAGAAGCUGGUAUCCCGGAAAUCACAAGAACCGGUUGCCCCGACGAUACCGCCCGAGCUGAAACCGCAGCUUAAGACGAUCUAUGUUUAUUAAUAAUAAUAACAACAAAAACAACCAAGAGUAAUGCUACAACAAACUACUACUACGACUACUACUACAAAAUUAAUUUAUAAUUUAGAACGCUGGUCAACAAAUGAUUUCGCUAGUACGUUACUACUAUUUGCAGAAAGCAACUACUGUCUUUAAACAAAAGCAUGAAACAACGUUACAACUACUGCACCAAACAGUAUCAGAGCGAGAAAGGUGCGUGGUUUUUUAAAACACGUUUUAGAACACCCAGCGAUUUCCCAGGGUAGUAGGAUACUGAAAAUCGCGACUUUUUUUUUCGUUUGUAAACACCCACGCGCCCUACCUCAUAGAAGGAGGGUAAAGUAUUCCAUUAGGUUUUGUCGUUCAAUGUUUUCAAUCGUUUUUGUAACAGUGUUUAUCCUUCAAACAACAACCAAAAAGAACAAUUUUCAGCGGGACCAAUAACUUUUCAGCAGGUUUUAUUGACCUGAAAAAAAUGCGCCAUCAGGCGUUAUUUAUUGGAUUUCUUUAAAACUCACUCCUAUGUAAAUUUUGACUUAUUAAAUUCCAUCUUUUCGAAACAUUUAUUUUUUUCUCAAAACCGAUACACAGUGCAGAAACAAGCGAAAAAAUUGAAUCUGAUAUUAAUCCGUCAUUCCAGUGUUCGUCUGUCAACCCAGACGAGCACCAUUCUUUCGCUAAUGAUCCAAUGCGCAGUAAAAUUGCUUAACUUUCCCAAUAAAAAGUAAUUUAAACUAGAUAAACAAAACUCCCAGCCAAGUAGUUAGUAGAAGGAUAGAGAGAUUGGAUGCGAGCAGAAAUGCGAAAACAGUAAUUAUUAUUAUUAGUAAGCCUAGAACAAGACUGACACAAAAACUUUAAAAAACACAGAAACAAACACACGCCUAAAGAAAACCUACAAUGAAUCUAAUUAUUCUGAGCCGAAGUUUGAACAUUAGGAGGGAACUUUGAUAGUCAAGACAAGAAAAAAACAAACCAAUGAGGAAACAACAGUCACAAGUUUGUUACGAAGGUCAAGGCAAACAUUAGAUUUUCUUAGCAAUUUGUAACGGCACAAUUGCGCAGAACCAAAUUCGGUGCUGAGAAGCUAACAAAAAAACUAAGCCAAACUAAACGUCACACAUUCGACAAAAAGAGCAAAAAAGCAAUAAACUGCAGCCAACAUGUUAGCAAGGCGAAACAACUACCGAGCAAGCUUAAAAAUAGUUGGACCUUCGUAUAUUUGUAGGGAUACACUUAAAAAAUUUUUUUUUGGUAGCUACAGUCGAGCUAGAGGUAAAACAAACAAGAAAAAAGUAAAAACAAGUUCCCUCGUCGAUUGUUUUAGAUGAUACUGCAUUAGCAAGAGCAAAAACAGAAACCCACUAGGACAGAAUAGGUAGAAUCGAAAAGUGUAGGAACGAACAACAUGCUUAAAAAUUUAGAAAUACUGCUGUACGUGAUGAAUUAAGGGCACCCGGUGCUCUCGUUAGCAGAGAACGAAAAAACAGAAGCAAGAUACCAGGUAGAGAGGAUGAUUAUAUGCGCGAAGAAACAAAUGCUGCUGAUGAAGUUGUAAUAUAUUAAUUAUUAGGGACGAAAAUGGUAACUAAAUGGUAGGAAACAAAAACCCCAUCUGUCCAUGCUAGGGAGGGAAGUUCACUCACAUUGAGUGCUGCCAAAACGAGAGAGAAAGAAAAAUGAAAAACAAAAAACAAAUGUGUGAUUCCUGAGGAAAAAAGAAGAAAGUAAACGAGAACACACAACACAAAAUCACAGACGUUCAGAGGAAAUCUAUACAUAUUCUGCGAAGGUGCCGGCUAAAAGACCAGUGCCAAGCAACGGAAGUUUCGAACUGUCCGUCAUGCUUUGGCAGGGUGCGAUAGCUUUUGCAGAGGCUCGGGUGAAAACGGUGUACUUUUUUUUUCUUAAAAUACCUACAUUUGUAUUUGUUUUGUGUGGUUUCGAGAUUCAGAAAACCCCCGCGGAUGGAAGCGCAAACAAACUUUGUACGAAAAUAUUGUAAUUUAAAUAAAUGCGAUAAUUUCAAAACGUAA